UCCGUUCCGCCGCAUCUCCACCAUGUACAAUCGGUGAACGUCAGGGAACGCGCUAGCAUUUAGUUUAAAUCAGGCUAGCUUAAAAAACAAAAAAACAAAAAAAACAAUCUUGGAGUUUAAUUUUAACGGACACAGUCGAGAAGUAAAUCCCCGAAGCUAACGAAUCACCAUGAAUAUCAUUCCUUCCACAAAGCGGGCCGCCUUCAACGUUACGACCGGAGUCAUGGGCUGCCUCAUUCUUCCUCAAAAUGGAGUCGUGGAGGGAGCGAUGCACUACGGCUCAGGAAAUUCCUUGCCGCAGAUCGCCGUGGGCUCCGUGAUCGACUCCCGCGGCGGGAACGUCGGCGCCGGGGACGCCCCGAAGCGGCCCAAGAACCUCCAGGUCUCCGCAACGAAGGCGUACGCGGCCAAGAGCUGCCGGGAGGACGGCGGCGGCGGCGGCGACGUCGGCGGCGGCUCUCUGCCCUCCACCCCGGAGUCGGACGGCGAGCACGACGUCUCCGGUUGUCCGGCGGCGGACGAGGCGCUGGACAGCUUCACCAGGGAACUCAUUAGCCAGUUCCUGAGAGACUAUGUCGCGCGCACGGACCCGCGGUGGACCGACAGCAAAGCGCUGUCCACGAUGAAGAGAGUGGUGGACCGACUGGUGGAGAAGCACAGAUACGCAUACAACGGUAUGAUGAAUAGACUGUCCUUGGACAACAGAAGGGACGAUGUGACGUUUGUCGGCGCCGUAGCCAGGAGCCUCUUCGGGGACGGCAACACAAACUGGGGCCGCGUCUCCAGCCUGGUGGCGUUCGGGGCCGUGGUGAGUCAGCACCUGAAGGAGACGGGCAGGGGGAACUGCGUGGAGCUCGUCGGGCAGGAGAUCUCCACAUACCUGCUGACGGACCAGCGAGACUGGCUGGUGAAAAACAACUCCUGGGAGGGCUUUGUGGAAUUUUUCCGAGUAGCAGACCCAGAGACGACAAUGAGGAACACACUGAUUGGCCUUGCUGGAUUUGCUGGUGUUGGGGCGACACUGGCCCUGUUGAUCAGGUGAAUUUGGACUCUCGUCACAACUUGUUCCGAAAUGCUGGAUGCCUCUUCGUGCAACAACUUCAACUCCAUGGGGUUUUUGGACUUGAUAAAGAUGGAAAUGAACGCUUGACGUGACCUGAAACGAUAAGAUGAUCACACCCGUGGUUGCUCUUAUCUUCUCUGGGGCUCUUUUCCACCCUCACCCCCGCAAAAUACGAACACUUUUCCCCUGUUGAUUAAAAGGAAUGUACUUUCACACUCAGCAGUCAACUUUCAGUUCAAAGAAUUUUAUUUUUCUAAUAAAUGUAACAUGAUUCUAUGCAAGUUGAAAUGGUAAUGGGAAGUUAGUUGACAUUUCUUUAAAUCUCCUUGAUUUUUUCUCCCUUUUUUUUUCUUUUUUAUGUUUACAUGUUCCUAAUUAAAUAAUAGUUCCCUGGCUGUAAGGGUGUUAGUGUGCCAGGCCCAUGCCAAAUGCAGGAAGGAAAAGAUGCAUUUUUUCCCCCCCACGUCAAGCAGUCACAGAGCCCCUUUCCAUAGAGCCCGUUCAUAACCCCUGGAUUGUUUGUGUGGAGGCCUCAACCAUGUGAAGGGAGGAGGAUGUGAAUCAGCAUGAGUGUCGCUCUGUUUCCUUGUCAGCCACAUGCUGGACUUGUGGCUGUGCAACAGCCUGGAAAGUUGUUUUUUUUUUAGUCUGUUGCAAGGAACGAACAAGGACUGAGCUGGAAACGCAGAUUGUGCUGUUCGACUGCACCAGAGCUGACAGAAAGUGGACAAUGAUUAUUAGUUCAGAUCCAGUUUAAGCUAACAUCUGUAUAGAUUGAUACAAUUAAACAAAACAGACAUGAUUAACACGACUUAAUCUUUUUGAUACACUUGCUUUUAAGGGAUUUCUUUUUCUUCAGAGGCUUGAGACUGAGGUUGCUUCAAUGUUCUGUUCUGCUCCUGUUUUGCUGAAAUGAGCCAACCUUCACUCAAACUAAACUCAACACCUUUGCACAAAUUAAACUCAACACCUUCGCAUUUGUCAA